AUGAUCAAACCGAUAGAUUUGUGUAGUCAGAUCUGGGCUGAGCCGUUCAACUCGAAAGAGUUUAGUGAGUGGGUGGUACAAGGUACAACCCCAGGUUAUGAUGCGAGCUUGAAACUGUAUAAAGAUCUGAAGAAACUUGGUUUCGCUAUCAUUCUGCUAACGGGCCGAGACGAGGCCCAGAGGAGUAUCACCGAGAAAAUUCUCAAGGACGCCGGUUAUUCCGGUUGGGUUCAGCUCCUUUUGAGGGGUCAAGAAGAUCAAGGGAAAGCAGCUACACAGUACAAAUCAGAGCAGCGAUCAAGAAUGGUUAAGAAAGGCUUCAAACUCCAUGGAAAUACUGGCGAUCAAUGGAGUGACCUGCAAGGUUUUGCCGUGGCUGAUCGUUCUUUCAAAGUUCCAAAUCCAUUAUACUAUAUUGCUUGA